AUUUCCAUUUCUUGUACAUCGCCUCGAAGGCUAGCUCGAUCAUAGCUUCUGCUUGAUCGGUCUCGGGAGAGUUGGUUUGGGUGGGUUUAGGAUGGUGGCUUCCAUGAGGAACCAUCCUCUAUUUGGAAGGGCACCCUUGUUGUGCUUCUUUUUGGUGUCCUUUGUUUUUGCUGCAACCUUGAGCUAUGCUGAUGAGAAGGUUGUCGAGGUCGUCGGGAUCGGCGAAUGUGCAGACUGCAAGGAGAGUAACAUAAAAACUAGCCAUGCCUUGUCAGGACUGAAGGUAGCCAUAGAUUGCAAAGCAACUGAUGGGCACUUAAAAACAAGAGGAAUUGGAGAACUGAACGAAGAAGGAAAGUUCACAGUAUUGCUGCCAAAUGGCAUUGUGGAAGAUGGAAAGUUGAAGGAAGAAUGCCAUGCUCAGCUUUACAGUGCAUCAGCCACCCCUUGCCCUGCCCAUCAUGACCUUCAGUCCUCCAAAGUGGCUUUGUUGUCCAAAUCAGAUGGGAAACACACCUUUGGGCUGUCUGGUAAACUCAAGUUUUCAUCUGGAACUUGUACAUCAGUCUUAUUGUGGCCAUUUUUCAAGUACCCUCCUCUUCCUAAGUUCCCACACUUUCCUCUGCCUCUCCCUCUUAUUCCUAAGUUUCACCAUCCACAUUUCAAGCAUUAUGUUCCCCCAUUCUCCUUCCCUCCACUCCCACCAAAAGUGUUUCCUCCAAAACCGUAUUUUCCUCCCGUUUAUCAGAAGCCUUUUCCUCCACCUGUACCUGUCUAUGAAAAGUCACUUCCGCCGCCCGUUCCUGUCUAUGAAAAGCCACUUCCACCAUCGGUUCCUGUUUAUGUAAAGCCUCUUCCUCCACCAGUACCAGUUCCCCAUUUACAAUCCUCCAAUUCCAAAGAUCCUCCCACCACCUGUUCCAAUAUAUGUCAAGCCGCUUCCACCUCCGCUCCCAUUUUUCAAGCCAAAACAUCCCUUCCUCAAGCAUCUACCUCCCAUUCCAAAGAUUCCCCAUCAUCCUUUCCUUAAGAAGCCAUGGCCUCCCAUUCCUCACUUGCCUCACCUUCCCCACUUCCCACCAAAGUACUUCUCUCACCCCAAGUUUGGAAAGUUCCCUAAAUACCCACCUUCUACUUCUCAUCCUUAGGCUAUUAUCGUCUUGCAGUGUUGUUUCCCCUAAUAAGCAGAAUGACCAUUGUAGUGUGCAGUGGAGGUUUAUCUUGUAACUUUCAACUGCUGCAAAUAAAUCUCCAGUUUUUUACUAUAAAAGACGGAAUCAAAUCAGAAGGACAGAAGAAACAGGAGUGAAUUGUUGUUUUAUUUAGUUUCUAUAUGAGUUGGACUUGUGUGGACUGUUAUGUGGCUGUUUGUUUCACAAUUGAGAUCGGGAUUCUGUAAAUGUCAAUGGACAAAGUUUCAUUUAGAACAAUUUCAUUUUCAACUUCUUGCGUGUUGUGGUUGUUUUUGCCCAGAUAAAAAUUAAAGGCAGGAAUGGUUUCGGACAGUUCAGUAUUUUUUUA